AUGGCAGAAGCCGAUCAGCCUCCUGAGGAGGAUUGGGAGAAGUUACAAGCGAUGUCCUGGUCGUUACCAUUGCACCAUAUCGGAAAGAUCAUCCGCGCAGAUGAAGAUGACCAACCCUCUCUCGCGCUGGAAAGCGCCCCUGCAUUCAAAAAAGGCCUGGUCUCGCUUGAGAAUGAGCGUUUUCCCUUUAAUUCACCUCCCGAAGUUCAACGUACGUCUUCAUUCUCUGGUCAAAAUGCCCAACCUCAGACCAGGUUCGCUUCCUCUACUUCAAGUCUAUUUCAGCAAAGACAAGGAUCCAGCUCUAGUCAGCAGAUCACCAGAAAUCGACCUCCUGUAACUCCCUCAGGGGCAUUUCUAUGUUCAUCUCGCUGGGGUAAGAGACCUACCCGGCAGAGUACCAAUAUCAGAGAUGCACCGAUCCAAGCUCAGAUCUCCCCUCUCGCGGGUGAUGGCUCCAGAGCUCUUCAGCCUGUCAGAGUCCAGAGGCUGUUGACCUCAGUUUCCCAUUCACAAUUUGCCAGAACACCGGGGUCAGCAAUCGGCCUCGACCCUCGACUCACAGAGACAAACACUGCCUCUCAGAGUACUCAUAUGCCCGUUCGAUCUCCUGCGAAAGACUCCGUUGGCAAAGCCAAAUGGCGUUUGGGUGCAGGUCCCGAUGGAUAUAUCCGACUGCCGCUUAGCAUUGACCGGUUCCAAGACUUUGUCACACAGUUGACAAUGAAAACUGGUCAACCCGUCACUAACUUCCGUGACUUCGUUGUCAACGUUACAGGUGCCUAUCUCACAGUUGGAUAUCGGGGUGAACGGAUCGUUCUUAUUUGGGGAGAUGGAAACCAGGUGCUGGCAGCACAUACCCUGCUUAGCACCUUAAUCACUCAGGUCAAUCAAAAGGCAACCGGUGCAAAUCCAGACUGGACCCUUAUCAAUUCCUUCUCAACCGCCAAGGUCGAUGUCUCUGAGACAAAGGAUGAUCAGGCUUCACGACUUAUUGCCUUGCUACAGGCGCCAGAUGGUGUGUCUGAAACUACGCUCUGUUUUCUGUGGCCUUCAAGCGGUCCAUCAUUGGACCAAUGCCUGGCAUCACGUCGCCAGCUUAUCGAUUCCAUACGUCUUCAAUAUGGGAUCAACAUUUAUACCAAGCCUGGUGUAUGGGGCCAGCUGUACCUCUCUGGAGCCGACGAACACUGUCUCUUGAAAGUGGCAAAAAGUUACAGGGGAUUGUGGAAGGAAAUGACUGUGCAACACGAGACCGAAAUCAGAGUGUUUCUCCUCGAGCCACCUCCUGCCGAGAUCAUGCAAAAGGACGUUAUCAUGCAAAAUUAUUCAAAGAUGUUCAAGCCCUAUCUCUCUGGACUGAAAUUACCCGCCGAGCACGCUGAGUCGUGGGAGAAGAAGCGAAACGAAGCUAGACAGGAUAACAAGCUCAUCAUAGUUGAUCGCUUGAAGCGUGCACUGCACUUCGUCCCGCGCUUUCACGGAUACCGACAAAUGCGGGCCAAGUUUGGCUCAUUUGUGCUGAAAGAAUAUAGGAAGACCGAUGAUACAGAUGGGCCCCUUCUCUAUCUGGAUUUCCGUGAUAUGCUCGCCGAGACGAAGGCCAAAGGUAACCUUCUCGCUGGACUACGUCUGACACAGAAUCAGCUCAUCAAGCGCGUUAUGGGCGCAGGGCAUCUCCUCGUUCCUACCGGUAAUGUACCACUACGCUCUCUGUCGAAGAUCCGGCCACGAUUCUCUGCCAGUUUCGAGUACAAGAUCAGCAGUGAUGAUGUCGUACGUGUCGAAGCGGACUAUACGCUUCCGCGUAGCAGUGAGGAAUUCGAAGUCAACGAAAUUCGUUGCUUCAAGCCACGAAAGACUGAGGGCACUGGAGAAUCGGAACAGCCCAUGCAAAUCAGCAUGAUUGACUUCGAACGAUCUGACUGGCAAUUGGAGAUCAAAGCUCUGGACAUGAUAGAGGAAGAUACACCUCCUGAUGUGGAGACUUUCAAGCGCAAGCUAAGCUUCGUGUGGAAUGAAAGCGCGCUCAGCAUCACGUCAGUUCCAGAAAGAAUGUCCAAGCUCCCACCUGGCGCUCCUUUGAGAUGUUUUGUCGAGAAAUCUGCCAUUGAAUUUCACGUCAAGGGUACAAACCUUGUCUUCGAGCUUGCUCGCUUUGUGAGAUACAAUGUGACCAAUGGCCGGGUUGUAAAUUCUCCUGAUGUCACUUGGGGUGGUUCGCUUUUCAAUCCGGAUUGGGAUGAGAUACUUGGUCAAAAUGCUGAGAUUGAUCCCAUUCAGUUCACACGAGAGGCUUGUCUCUCUACGUUUUUCCCGCCGGUCAACGGAGCGGAGAUUGAUGAGGAGGUGCAGCUCGGGGUGUUCAUGAGUGCAUUGCGCCAGAUUGCGCGUAUGCUUGGGUCGCCCAACUCUACCGUGACCAAGGUCCUCGAUGCCAACGUUGGUACUUUGUUCUAG